AUGUCUUGUUAUCACAUCGAUAUCCUUGUGGCCUUAGUUGGUUGUUUUUUUCUGGUGACAACUGGAAAUUGUGUUCCUUUAAAUAAUAAUUUAGACCCUGCUGAGGUCACCGAUUUCUAUAAACUAUUUAAUAAUCCCGAGGCACAUUUAUCUUUUGCCUCAGCCCCCACAACGGUGGAUUUUAUUAAGGAUCAUGGAUAUCCUGCCGAGCGUCAUUAUGUGACCACUGAAGAUGGUUACAUAAUCAGUCUCUUCCGCAUUCCGUAUUCCCACAACCUACAGAAUCAAGACGAAAAGAAACCGAUUGUCUUCCUCCAACACGGUCUCCUCUCCAGCUCCGAUGGGUGGAUUAGUUUGGGACCUGAUGACGCUAUGCCCUUUCUGCUCUCAGAUGCGGGCUAUGAUGUUUGGAUAGGAAAUGCACGAGGAAAUAGGUUCUCCAGGAACCACACCUCUCUAUCCACGAAGCAUCCGAAUUUCUGGCGCUUCAGCUGGCACGAGAUUGGAUACUAUGACAUCGCCGCUGCCAUCGACUACACCUUAUCCACGGAGAAUGGAAAAGGUCAGGAGGGCAUUCACUAUGUGGGCCACUCCCAGGGUACCACAGUGAUACUUGUCCUGAUGUCCUCAAGACCAGAAUAUAACAAGAAGAUCAAGACCUGUCACCUGCUGGCUCCUGUGGCUUUUAUGAAUAACAUGGAUGACUUUAUGGUCAAUAGUUUGUCCCCUUAUCUGGGAUUCAACAACCUCUACUCGGUGCUCUUCUGUUCCCAGGAAUUUUUGCCACAUAACGAUUUUGUCCUGGCUCUAUUAUAUAAUGUCUGCCGAUCGGAGACGAUAGUUUCCAGUUUUUGCAGCGGCAAUGAGAAUACCCAAGUGGAGGAAGGAAGAACCAAUAAGACCGCUAAUUCUGUGAUAGCAGGUGUCAUGCCUGCCGGUAUCUCAACGGAUCAAAUUCUGCACUACCUGCAGGAACAUCAAUCGGGACAUUUCCGCCAGUUUGACUUUGGCACCAAAAAGAAUCUGAAAAUAUAUGGAAACGAAUUGCCACCCGAUUAUCCUACCGAACUGAUUACAAGCAAAAUGCAUCUUUGGUAUUCGGAUAACGAUGAGAUGGCUGCUGUGGAGGAUGUCCUCCGAUUGGCGGACACAAUGCCCAACAAGGUGAUGCACCACAUGGAGGAUAAAGAGUGGGAUCAUAUGGACUUUGCCGUUAACUGGAAAGUACGUCAGUACAUCAAUGAACCCAUUAUAGCCAUAAUGAACGACUAUGAGGAUAGCAUAAACUAAGUCUGUUAUUUGCAAAAAAGAACG